UGGGGAUGGAGACCGGAGACAUCCCGAACAGUGCUAUCACUGCGUCAUCUGAAUACGAGCAUAAUGACGGACACCACGCCUUCUAUGGCAGGCUGAACAGGGAGGACGGUUACAUAGCCUGGUGCACAGGAACGCUUCUAGCCGAUGAAUGGCUUCAGGUUGACUUAGGCGGAGUAGCAAUAGUGUAUGGAGUCAUCAUUCAGGGACGGCAUGUGGGUUCCAUGUGGGUGACGUCAUACAAACUGCAGUUCAGCUGGGACGGAAGCUCCUGGACAACCUACAAGGACUCUGAUGGGUCAGAUAAGAUUUUUACAGGAAACACGGAUGGAACGACUGCAGUAACCCAUCUUAUCCACCCACAAGUUACCACGAGAUACGUCCGUUUCGUUGUCCAGACCUGGAACAACCUCAUUUGCAUGCGAGUGGAGGUCCUGGGCUGUAUGGACGCAGACUGCAUGGAACCGUUGGGGAUGGAGUCGGAACACAUCCCAGAUAGCAGUAUCACAGCAGCGUCGGUCCCCCACAGUAAUCUCCAGCCGUACCACGGCCGGCUAAACUUUGUAAAGGGACAUGGGGCAUGGGCAGGAACUAAAGUUAUUGGCGAAUGGCUACAGGUUGACUUGGGCGGUGCAGCCAAGGUGCACGGGGUCAUCACACAGGGCAGGGCGGAUUAUGACCAGUGGGUGACGUCAUACAAGCUGCAGUUCAGCUGGGACGGAAGCUCCUGGACAACCUACAAGGCCUCUGAUGGGUCAGAUAAGAUUUUCACAGGGAACACGGACCGAAAUUCUCCGGUAACUAACGUCCUCCGCCCGCCGGUCUCCACGAGGUACAUCCGCUUCGCUGCACAGACCUGGCACGGACACGUCAGCAUGAGGGUGGAGGUUCUGGGUUGUAUGGAUACUGGUAAGUGAAAAG